AACAUGAACGCCAUCAAUGUGUUUAUAUCCUGCCUCAUGCACCAAUUGCCAAUGGACAAUUUGGGCUUUGCCUGUUUGCACAUAGUUGAACAUAUAACUUGCAUUGCAAUGUUGGAAUAAAAAUCAUAUAAAAAAAUAUUUCGUAUAAUGCGCAACGGAACGUCAUAUAUUGUGUCGGAUAGUUUAUUCAUUUCCUGUAAAUUCCGUUUUACUUCCUUCUCUUCUUCAAGGCUAUUCGAAGAGUUUGCAGCAAAUGAUUCGACGCGCGGUAUUACUACAGACUCAGUGUGGACCCAAUGCAUUUCGCCUGACCCUCAAGUCCUGACACCUCAAUGAUUGCGUUAUACGUUGCGCAUGACGCACAAAUUGUUAAAAUAAAAUUGACGUAAGAUAAGCAUAUAACAUGCCUUGGCUUGUGCGUGCGUGAAUGCAAAUUUUAAGAAUCCUGCGUGUGUGGCUUUUGACAAGCAAGACAGUGAUGUAUUCGCCAUAAUCAUAUGAAACUGAUCUAAACGUUUGCGGAGUAUUAGGAAAAUGAAUACGCAAUGACGCAAGAAAAACAUAAUAAAUAACGUGAAAGGAUACAAUGCUAAACAAGAAGAGAUUUUUAAAUUCAAUCUUAUGAUAUAUAGAAGGUAUAGGAAUUUGGCGCAUCGGUGUAUAUACAGAUUUAUAUUGUUAGACGAAAAUAAUAUAUCGUAACAAGGUGGUUGAUUGUUACAAGAAACCAUGCGGGAAGUUGUGAAUGCGACAGCGGUUAUGCCGGAGAGCUCAACCAGUAGUUGUUCAAUUUCAACAGAUUCUACAGCAAUGGCUAAUAAAAAUGAUCCUGUCAACAACUUAAACACCUGCACUCAUUACAAUAACAAUAAUGAUAAUAAUAAUAAUGAUAAUAAUAAUAAUGAUAAUAAUAAUCUUAGUAGCACAAAUACUUAUAAUGGAAAAACCGUUGAAAGGGAUAACAUACCUGACUAUUGUGAUAGAGACAAUAAUCGUGACGCUAGGAUAAUUUUCCAAGAUUGUGAUGGUAGUAAUAUAGGAUAUAAUAAAACUAACGAUCAAUUAAACCUGGAUAGCAUGAAUUUAAGUCACCAGCCUACUAACCAUCACAAUCACUCGCCCAUCGUCUCUAUACGAAGUCUUGAUUCAAGCAUUAUUGAAUCAGAUUCUGAUGUGGAUCUUACCUACGACGAUGCUGAUAUGGAAGAAGUUAAUCACAAUAGCUGUAUAAUAACGGAACUUAAUUCAGAAAUGACUUACCCACCCAAUCAUCCAAAAAUUCCAAAAAUCAAUAAUGGACUUACGCUGAUCAAUCAGGAAAUAAAUCCGGAUUCUGGUAAUGUUUCGAGUGCAGGAAUUUCUCCGCUUAACAAACUGAGCAUCAUUGGCGAUGAGCUGGGCAAGGCGCAAAGUUUAGGAACAAUGCCGUCGGCAGUGGCAACAGCCAAAAUUGGCAGCGUCGCCGUUAGCAAUUCAACCGAUAUUACUUUCGGUGAUAAGCAUUUCUAUGAAGGUCCUGUUACCAUACAGCAGUUCCUUAUCGACAAUCGCAACAAGCUCAAGCAACAGGAAGAGGAGGAUAAAACCAAUAAUAUGUCGCAGCAAGAGCAUGAGAAUCGAAACGGCAUAGCAGACACCAAGUGCAACCGCAAUAAUUCAGCAUCAGAUUCACCUUUAAAGCCGUUUGCAUUCUUAAGAGAUCGCAGAAAAUACAUCGUUGCGGCUCUUUUAUUUAUAUUACCAUUAAUCAUAAUUGCCGCUAUCUAUGGAAGGAGGCUAAUCGACGGCAAAAGUACCCUACGUCUGGUAAGGCGAAACGAAUGGUUUGCCAGGCCACAUUUGGACUCAGUUGUACCGCUCAAUUUGCCCGUGGAACGUGUAAUCGUUAGUCAUACAGCAAGCGACAUUUGUGAAACACUUGAGGCUUGCAUAUAUCGGGUCAAGUUUAUACAAAAUUUUCACAUGGAUUCAGUGGACUUUGGCGACAUCGGUUACAAUUUCCUGCUUGGCAGUGAUGGCCGAGUCUACGAAGGCAGAGGCUGGGACUUACAAGGCGCACAUACAAAAGGAUAUAAUAUAAACAGUUUAGGAAUUUCAUUUAUUGGCACAUUCAACACAGGCUUACCGAACGAUGCACAAUUGCAGGCGUUUCGUUUGCUCAUAGAUGAAGCUCUGCGAUUAAAGAAAUUAGUGGAAAACUAUAAAUUGUAUGGGGCACGGCAAUUUGCUCCGACGGAAAGUCCCGGUUUAGCUUUAUACAAACUGAUUCAAACUUGGCCACAUUGGACCAAUGAGACCGAAACUACAAAUAUAUAAUCUAUUUAUAGUCCAGUUAUGAUAACACCCCAUGCAUUUAAUAAAUGUACAGUUAAUCGAUAUUUUAAAUCUUGGAUUCCUAAUUAGUUUGAGUAGCAUUGUCGCAAGAGGUAGUAUUGCGAACAUAGAAAGACUUAAACUAACUACGACUUAGGUUAAUUGACUUUCCCCUUUCGAAAGUGAAACUUUGAAUUAAAAUAACUAUUAAAAGGUGUGCAAUGAUUACGUGAAAUCUAUUUAAAAAUUUUCCACAUUUGAUUUAAUUGGAAGAUUUGAUGGCAAGUUUUUUUUUUAUUUUAGGAAAAUUGCUCCGUAGGAAGAAGACGCAACUGAUGCUUCAUUGUUUUUCUAAGCAUGAGAAAGAGAUCAAGUCUCAUUGCCUUUUCUUCCUUAUCUUUCGGAGGAUAACACUUUGCAUCUUUCAUUGAUUAGAUCAUUUUUACGACCUCCCUGCAGAUGAUGUUCUAUUUUAAAAAACUCAUCAAGUAUUUCUACAGAAAAAUCGAUGAAAAAAAUACUAUUUUGAUAUAUAGUAAAUGAAUGUGGAACGUUGGAAUGCGAUUUGAACUCGUUUCCUUAUAAACGUGCUUACAAAAAAUAUCUAUGUAGGUACAAGCAUUUUAUAAGGAAAGCUGGCUCAAAAUAUUGAUCUGAGAUCUUGAUGUAUUAUAUUAACCAUGGACGAUAUCAGGCCAUUUUUUCGGCCCCCCGCCACUAUAUAAUGAAUAAUAUGAAAAAACAAGCCGUAAACACGCUUCGUCAUUUAUGAAUCAAUCUGAGGGCAAACAACGAAUUCUUCGACAAGAAAAUUUUGCUUUUACUUUGCUAAUUUUGAAUUACGCCACUUCAGGAAAAGUAAACCUUAUUCUAAUAAAAUCUUGCUAGUCGCAGUAUUCGAGAAGAAGCUUGAAUGUCACUCCCCGCGAUGAUUGAGAAAGUUGAAACAUAUUUUGAGGCUCUCAAACAACUGAUCUAUAUAGAAUUGCUUCGAAAUGUUAAAAACACGUUGAUCUGAUUGUACCAUCCUCGGACGAAUAAGAAUCGAAUUUUUCAAGAAAAAAUAUUGUUUCUUGUUUAGUCCCGGGAAUUAUUGAUCGACUUUUUAUAAUGAAAUAGUAGCAAAUUUCCUACGAAUUUAAUUUUAAUAAUCGCAAUUUUUCCCGGAUCAACUAUAUCAUCAAUAUUCGAUAAAUAACGCUAUAUGUCUUUAUGGUCCGAUAGAUUCUCUUACCUUGUCAAUGUAUAUUUCCGCGCGUGCUUUCGAAUAGCUAUACCAUAUCGUAUCGUAUAUUAAAUUACGUCUAUUCGAAACGACGGUUAAUUAACGUUAAGAAUUAAAUAUUAAAAGAAAAACUUAAACCAAACUUAAUUGCAUUCAAGAUAUCAGAAAAAAAAAAAAUAUCGUUAUUCAGUUGGACUU